CGUGACGUGCAUCCUUCGCUGGGCUACUUACAGAGAGAGAGUUACCUGCCCUCAGUGUAAACAUCCAUUCGACUUCCUCUUUGUCCAUCGCUCGCUUGAUGGCAGCAUCCAGGACUACAUGUUCGAGGAGAGUGUUUGCCUACUACUUAGGGCUGCAUGGUUUCAACCUCUGAAGGUCGAAAAUCACGUGGAGCAUGAAGAUGCCUAAGAUCCUAUUGAAGAUUUUUAUCAAUAUCAAUAUGAUUAUGAGUAUGAAGACGAGGAUGAUGAUGAUCUAGAUGAAGUUUAGUAUGGUAGCUCAUCAAGUCUUCGCAUUGGUAACCGGAGAUGGGGAGACAAUGGUUAUGUCAGAUCUGGGCGGCUCGAAGCAAGGCCAGUCCCGCGAUCAAACUUCCAGGAUCUAGGAGGCGCAAGUUCAUCAUCUCGCCAGCCAAAAAAGAAAGAGGCAGCUGAAAAAGUCGCAACAGGUAGACGGGCUAAGAGGGCAUUGAAGCGGGAGGCUGCUGAUAAGGCUGCAGCGGCAAAGCAUCAGCAGCAUCUAGUGAGGUUGGGCAGGAAGUAGUGCAAUACUUAUGCUGAAGUCAUACCAACUCAAGCCAGGCCUCGAGUACUCUCCUUUCCUUAAAAAAAAAAAAAAAAAAUCUAUUUUAAAUUUUUUUUUUUCCAAUCUUGUACAGUGUUUAUUCAUUGAACUAGUGUACUAUAAUAUGGGGGGUAAAAAUGAUAGACAAUAAUGUGGCUUGGUAUGUUGUUAGUAGUUCCGUGGGUUUAGGUGGAGAUGGAACUCCUCAUACACUCUCUUAGGAUUGAACAAUUUAGGUUUAUAAUCAAUUGACUUACCCUAAAUGCAAAUUUUAAAAGUU